AUGGUCGAAAGCAGGUGUAUCGAGGUGGGCAACGCUCGGAAUGCCCAGAGCAGUACUGGGACCAGCCCCAAGCUCAACAACGAGCAGUGGCAGGCCCUUAUAGCCUUGCACCGCACCCUACUCCACGAGCAUCACGACUUUUUCUUAGCGUCACAACAUCCAUCAGCUAGCCCAGCUCUGCGCCGUCUAGCAAGCAAGUAUGCGAUGCCCGCUCCGUACUCGAUGAUGGCUCUGUUGCACGAGACGGUUCCUACAUUUGAGGAUACCUGGAUUGAAUGCCUAGGAGACCUAGGCCGCUAUCGGUAG